GACGGGGACGGUCCGUUGCUUCGUUUAUCUCAGAAUCGCAUCGCAGGCACAGCGCCGGUUCUUUCCAGUUACACCAUUCCUUUCUUCUUCCACUCUCCGAAGAGAGCGAGAGAGGGAAGAGCGAAGGGAGAGUGAAGAGGCGGAAAAUAAUAGCGUCAGGGUUGAGAAAUCGUAGAUGACGGGUGCCGACAUCCAGAAAGAAUCGAAACCCUAAAGCAGAGCCAAGUGAGGGAAAGUGGUCUUUCUUUGUUAUGUCAGAAGCUUCAAGAGAUUUGGGUGCUUCAGUUGAACCUGAUUACGUGGGACCAGACUACUUUGCUUUCUAUACACGUGAAUUAGCAGAGCUUUUAUCACAAGGAGAGGAUGCUUUUCCUUUCUCUUCGCAGACUGCUGAGUUAGAUGGAAGAAAGUGUGGUGGUGGUGGGGAAAAGGAUAUCGCUACACAUAGUUGCAAUGGCAGAGAGAAUACUCCCUUGGCUUCAUUAUUUGCUAAUGCUAUUGGAGCAAGAUUUUCAGAUUUCAAGAGGGAGAGAGUGAAGGCAGUCUUACAACAAAGUGUUAUUGCUCUUACACAAGAAGUUGAUGAGAUGCUAGAUACUGUUUUCACCAUUCGCCGAAUACAAUCACAUCUUAGAUGCAAAAAGAGCCAAUCAAAUUAUUCACCUGCAGAAUGUGAGGCUGAUGCAGUACAUCCUCACAAAAAGAUUAAGGUGUCCACUUUACCCUCUUCAGUUGGCACCCCUAUACAUGAUAGUCACAAGGAUUAUAGGAAUGAAGGCAAAUUUGUAGAUUUGACAGGAAAAGAAACAUCCCAUAGUGUCAAGAAGAGUUAUGCUCCUUGCCACUCUAUAGAUACCUCAAAGUGGAGAACUGGCCCAAAGGGGACUCAGUCCACAAACGAUGCUUGUGGAGUUAAAAAGAUACAAGGAGACAAGUCUGCCCCAGUUCAGGAACAAAACAAGAAGGCGUGUCUGGUUUCAAACACAGUGGAUGGAAAUGAAUGUAAAUCCCCAUGCAAUGCUUGUGGAGAGAAAAAGAAAGCAGGAGAGGAGUCACCCUCAAUUAAGGGCCAAAAUGAGGAGGCAUGUGUUGUUUCAAACAGAGUGGAUGACAAUCAAUGCAAAUCCCCAUCCAAUGCUUGUGGAGAGAAAAAGAAACCAGGAGAGGAGCCUCCCUCAAUUAAGGACCAAAACAAGGAGGCAUGUCUGGUUUCAAACAGAGUGGAUGACAGUGAAUCUAAACUUAGUGAUGAUUUGCAGCUCGUGCUGAAGAAUGAUGCUGUGAAAGUUGAGCCAUUGAUGAAGAAACAUUCUGGUGAAGUGUCUGCAAUGCUUGAGCACAUGGAGCAACAGCUUGAAGAACUUCUCGAUACAGUCCUUUCCAAUUGCAGGUCGAUGACUCUUGCUGAGAAGCAGCAGCUUCAGAGACUGAUCCAGAAGCUUCCAUCAAGAAAUCUCGACCGUGUUGUGGAAAUCAUCCAACACAGUAAGCCAUCAAGAAGGUAUCCCUCUGAUGAGAUUCAUGUUGAUCUGGAAAGAGAGGAUAAUCUAACACUUUGGCGAUUGUAUUACUAUGUUAAAGCCGUUGAAAACGCUAGAAAAAGCUCUCAGGGUUGCUGAAGUUUAGGGGAUCCACGCAGCCAUUGAAGGGGCACCUGAACCAAAUCUUGAGCAGGUGUACUCCCUGCAUUACCUCCAAAUGGCUAACAAAGCCCAAAGAACAUCAAACAUCACUGGUGACGGGCCCUAUUUGCCCAACAUGAAGACUUUGGAAAGUGCUUUGAAUGCGAACUCAAUCAGAAUGAAGGUGUCAUUCUAGCGCCGAGCUAGAAGAGCAAUAUGAAGGUUCGAUGUCUCCCAGUUCUCUUUUGUUGGAUUACGGGGGUCCUACAAGGUUAUAAGCGGCAUAGGUAUUAGUCUUCCAAAACUUAGUUUUUGUUGUUAUGCACAUUGUAAAUUGAAGAGGUUAGGUUCUCUGCAAUUGCCAUGGAAGUUUCUGAUAUUCUUGAAAUUGUUCAUUUAGCCGCCAUUUUCUAUCCCAACUCAAAAUAGUGGAAUAGACAUAUUUUCAUACUUAAAAGUUGGAAUAUGCGGCUCUUCGGGUAGUGGGAAUUUAUCGAAAAUAACUAAUGAGUUCCAUAUUA